UCACUCAGGACUGAAAUCACUCCCAUCACUGGAUCACAGUGAAUCUGAAGAGAUCGAAAGAUCCUCUUCUGGUUUCAGGGUCAGACUUAAAACCCUUGGGAUCAGGCUCCACAGAGUUCAGAUUGAAUCUCCUGUAAAGAUCUGAUGAGGCAACUAUAAAUGAAAAUGGUUCUCUAGUCUCAUUUUAAGCUUUCUAAACUGUUCUGCUUCAGAGUUCAUGUCGAGUGGUUCGCUUUGUUCCAGCAGUUGGAUGAAGAAGUUUGAGCUGUGAUUUCAUUUCCUGUAUUUCAGAGUAAAGACUGAAGUGACAAAUGGAAACAUGUUUACAGUCAGAUUCAGAUGAACUGUGUUCAGUGGCACAGAUGGAGGUUUGUCAGAGGAGGAGACUUGGCUGUUCUCCACUCACACUGAACAGGGUUCCUGCAGCUUAUUAAAAAUCUGACCUGAAAGUUAUUAAAAAUUUCCUUGUAACACUGAGUUACAGUAGGGGGGCUGCUCCGUAAUCCAGUUCAAUAACACAUCUCCUGAGAUUAAACAUAAGCUUAUUUAAUAACGUGGAUCUCUUUUUGUCCAGAUUUUUAUUCAGAGGUAGCAUCUGUGGUAAGAAUUGACCCAGAUCUUUACAGAUCUUAGACUUUAGUGUCAAGUUCAUUUUCUUGUUGAUGCAGAGCCAGAAUUUAGAUAUUUUUAGACAAUCCCAUAAAAGAUGCAUGUAAGUGCCAUCUGCUGUUUUAUAUUUGAGAAAAAACGUUGGAAGGUCUUUAAAAUCUUUUAUUUUUUCUGAAACUUGCUGUAGGUAUUAAAACUUAUGAUUUUGUGUUUAAGAUGUCGAAACAAUUAAUUUUGGGAAUUCAUUUUUUAAAGUUGUUGUUUCAUUUGCUCAGAGUUCAUCAACGUUUUCAUCAUACAAGGUGGGAUGGAUCCAUGCUUUUAUGCUGUUUAAGACAAAUUCUGAAAGAACGCAGAGAUUGAGACCCAUUAGACCAGGCAGCAUUUUUCAGUCUUCUAUUGUCCUGAGCUGUGGCCUCAGUUUCACUGGAAGUUGAACCCAAAUACCGUCUUCAGCUCUGGACUGGUCCAUGGACCCGCCUGUCCUCCAAGAACACAGGUACACUUCCUGGACAGGGAGGAACGCUGGUUUGAAACCAGAGUCAAGGAGGCCAUUUACGUCAAAAGGGAAAGACUCUGAAUCGAGGGGUCCUAAGGGUACAUUUAUUUCCUUUGUAACGUCCAUUUAAAUUUCCAUUUAAACAUAGACAACAAGUAAGUAGACUAAGCACAGUAGGAAAUGGUUUGCCCCUUCUCAUCAGCAACACCUGGACAGAACUCUGCCAUAACCAGUACAUAAAAUGAAAUACAACCCUCUAGUGGUGAUAAAGACAGGGAAAUAAGAAAAAUGGCUCCUACACACCAGAUCCUAAUUACAUGAGGCAGAGAACAUAGCAAUUAUUGAACUUAAAGGUGCCAUGAUGAAUUCGGCUUUAUUAUGUGAUAAGAACAAGUAGUCUGAUAUCCUGUAAUCAUGAUGACGCUAAGUUUUAAGAUAAAAUAAAUAAAAUAAGUUUUUGUACAAAGUAUCGUAUCGGUUUAGUAUCGUCGAUACCACCCUGAAUUUUACUUGGUAUUGGAUCAGAAAGGAAAUCAGUGGUAUCCAGUGUUGGGUGUAAUGCGUUACUGUAUUUAAAUUACUUUUCCACUGAAAAAGUAGAGUAACUAAUUACUGUUCAUUUUUAGGUAUUUUAAAUACAGUUACUUACAAUGUACUUGCGUUACAUUGUAAAAUAACUAAGCUCGCUGAAAAUCAUUAUUUAAUUUCAAUAAUUUAUCUUCUAAAGGUAAAAAUAAACUCUGCCGCUUUAACAUCGCUGUAGUGCAGCUGUACGUCAUUUCGCGCCAGUUUGCUGCAUAGUCGUAUUCUACAGCGGAAGAUGUCGGACUCGGCUGAAGCGAGGGCCUGUUUUAUGAAAUGGAAAUAUUCCCGUCACUUCACUUUUCUAAAACAAGCAGACAAGAACAUUACGGUAAUACGUAAGCUAUGUCCUGGGGAGAAAAAAUUAUCGGCCGCUGUCAAUAGCACGAGUAAUCUACUGAAGCACCUGACACGGCAGCACAGACAAAGCCUUCUGAGUGAGCCAUCUUCAUCAUCCACGGAUAACACCGCGGCAACUCCUGCUAAGCAGACGAAACUUGAUUUCACUUCAGCAACACAGAAAGUGUCUGAAGGUGAGCUUAAGAAAAUGAUUGCAGGCUACGUUGUGGAAGAGAUGCUACCGCUGCGUACUGUAGAGUCUCUGUCUUUUAGGUGCAUAUUAAACAAAAUACCUGUGUGUGGCAAAAAAGCAGCACUGCAUGAUCGAAAAAUGUUUUCUGCUUACUUAGAUAAGUGUUAUGCUGACAUGGAAAUGGAGCUUAAAGAGACAUUCGAGAGUUUGGAAUAUAUUUCCACGACUGCUGACAUUUGGACCAGCCAUAACAAAAGUUUUCUCGGAAUGACGGCACACUGGAUUGAUCCUUCUACUUUUGUACGAGGACAUGCAGCGCUAGCAUGUAAAAGAGUUCGAGGGAGACACACACAUGAUGUCAUCGGCAAUGAAAUCGAGCAAGUACAUUCGGCUUAUGGACUGAACUCUAAAGUGACAACCACCGUGACAGACAACAGGUCCAAUUUUAUCAAAGCUUUUAGAAUGUUCCAAAAAUCAGACUCUGAUGAGGAAUUGGAAGAAGAUGACGAGGUGACAUUUAUUGAUGUUGAGCAGACCCUCUCCACAAAAUCUGAAGGACAGUUUUCUCUCCCUCCACACUUAAGGUGUGCAUCACACACACUGAACUUAAUUUUUCAUGAUGUUGAGAAAUGGCUUCAAGCAAAUGAGGCAAAAUUCAUCUACAGAAGUGCAACUUCAAAGUGUUCUGCAAUGUGGACAAAAGCAAACCGUUCUUCUGUUGCUUCAGAGUUGGUAGAUAAUUUUUUCAUGAAAAAACUCAUAGUACCUGUUUCAACACGAUGGAAUUCAUUUCACCACGCUCUGUCCAGGAUCACUGACAUUCCCCUUGCUGAAUUAAAUACUGUCUGCACUCAGUUUGGAAUCAAAUGCUUCACUGAUCGGGAGUAUCUGUUCCUAAAGGAGUAUUGUAUCGUGUUGAAGCCACUCACUGUUGCACUAGACAUAUUGCAAGGAGAAGAGAACUGCUAUUUUGGAAUCCUUCUUCCAACUCUGGAGAUUCUAAUAUCCAGGACGCUGGCACUGCAGGACGAGCUUAAGCUGACAGCAUCCCUCCCUGAUAUCAUUGUUAAGGCGAUCAAGGUGCGCUUUUCCUCAAUGAUGGACAAUAAAGAAGCUCUCCUGGCUGCAGUCACUUUGCCUAAAUUUAAGUUACGCUGGAUCAGAGAAGAAGAGAAAAAAGACAUGGUUAGGGCAAUGCUUACUACAGAGUGCCGUGGGUUGUCUCUUGAAGACCAACAACCUGCUCAAGAUCACAAGAACCCUGCUAACUCCACUGAUGACUUUUUUUCAUUUGAGGAGGACGACUGUACCUACUCUGCUGAAACAGAGGUGAUGGAAUAUUUGAAAUAUGCUGGGUCUGAGCUGGGUGUUCUUAGCCAGUUUCCCAGGAUUAAGGCCAUUUCACUGAGGUACAACACAGCCACACCAUCAAGCGCACCAGUCGAAAGGCCUUUUAGCCUCGGCAAUCUUGUGCUUACACCCAGAAGGAACAGACUGUCAAGUGAACGCUUUGAGAGACUUACAUUAAUGAGAUACAACAACUUUUUCAAAAACAACACAGCUAAGUAGUACAAAAAAUGUUUCGGAAAACAUGAGUGCAUACAGCAUGCAGGAAAUAUGGUGCUCAUUGGUUUGAGGAAGUUUCACAGGAAUUCUGUUUGUUAACCAAAGUUCAGAGUUAACUUCACUUUGUUGAAUGACAUGAUUACAUACAUUAUGUAUGAAUAUGUUACUCAUUGCUUUGAAAAUGUAAAAAUUUUAAUGUUUACUGCGUGAAAUAUGUUUAACAUGUCUUAAGUUAAGCUUUUUUGUUAUUCAGAUAUGUUUUUUUUUUGUUUGUUUGUUUUUUUUUAACCUGUCCCGUUUGGUUCUUUUGCCAUCAAAAUUAUUAUCUAAAGGCGAAGAAAGAUGCCCAACGGAUUUACU